AAUUUGGUACCAGACUUUAACGCCGGCCCAACUUUUUUUUGUCAGCGAGCCAUUCCAGCAUUCUCCCAACUUCUACCCUCAAUAUCUAAGCCACCUAUUCAUACGUACGUGCGCGAGAGAAUUGCAAAUCCAACAGUCAUCCAUCAUGCCUCGCAGGAAAUUCAUUGACAAGAAAAAUGCCACGACGUUCCACCUCGUCCAUCGCGCGCAGAACGACCCUCGAAUCCACGAUGCCGACGCCCCGAGUAUGGUCUUCCAGGAGGUCAACGCGCCCAACAUGCGCCAGGCCUCCGAACCGGCCACGAGCUCGCGGGCAUCACAGUACUCACAGUUCUCGGCGGCCUCCGGGCGGAGCAAGAUCAAGUCCAGGGGCGAGCUAGAAAGCGAAUUUGGGUCGAAAGUGCGGAAGAAUGAAGGAGAGGCGGCUAAUUAUGGAAUCUACUAUGACGACUCUGAGUAUGAUUAUAUGCAGCAUAUGCGAGACCUGGGCAGCGGAAGUGGCGACUCGUAUUUCCUCGAAGCACCCGGCGAGAAGAAAGGAAAGGGCAAGCACAAGAUGGAUCUUGCAGAUGCCCUCCGAGAGGCGUCCCUGGAUGAUAGGCAGAGCGAGGCUGGCAUUUCUGUGAGCAGCAGUGUGAGCAGGGCUGCCAGCGAUGUUUUCGGAGAGGAUAUGGCGCCGUCUGAGUUUGUGCGGAAGAUGACAUACCAGGACCAGCAGAACAUUCCAGACGCAAUUGCUGGUCUCCAGCCAGACAUGGAUCCGAGGUUGAGAGAGGUCCUCGAGGCCUUGGAGGACGAUGCGUAUGUGGAUGAUGAAGAUGAUAUCUUCAAUGAAUUGGCUGAGGAUGGCUAUGAGGUCGACCAGCGUGAGUUCGAUUUGAGCACAGACCGAUACCUGCUCGACGACGAAGACGACGGUUGGGAGUCAGAUGACACUAUCAAGGCGGGCUCACAGUCAGGUGGUGUAUCAUUGAAAGCACCCAAGGAGAAAGCACCCGUCGAGCCAUCAGAUCUAGACGCCCUCCCAGCUCCAGAUGAAGCGCCGCCGCUCGCAGAUGCCGGGGACAAUGCCUGGAUGGACGAAUUCAAGAAGUUCAAGCAAGAUGCCAAAGCAGGAAAAGCCCCCAAACCCGCCGCACCGUCCGACCUUCAGUCAUCGGUGUUGACGGGUGCGUCAGCACUGACAGCAGGAGGGCGUAAGAAGAAGAGAAAGGGUGCCCUCACUUCCACAUCUAGCUACAGUAUGAGUUCUUCUGCCUUGCACAGGACUGACGCUCUCACGCUUCUCGAUCAGCGAUUUGACAAGAUCGAGGAGGAGUAUGCUGCCGAAGACUUUCCAGACGAUAUGUCCAUGGCUUCGGGUAUGAGUAAAAUGUCAGGGUUCAGUAAGAUGUCUGGUAUGUCCGGCAUGUCUGGGUUGUCUAGUAUGAGCGAGGCACCCCAACUCAGGUCUGAUUUCGAUAACAUCAUGGACGAUUUCCUGGGAAGUCAUUCGAUGCAGGGCAAGAGGAGGGUCAAGCGGGCCGGCCACCAGACUGGGUUGGAACAGCUCGAAGAAGUCAGGAAGGGGCUCGGGCCAGCGAGGUUAAAGAACCCAAGAGCCCAGAAAGCUUAGUUACCAAAGGUACGAUGAAAGUUAGAUUUACGAUCACAUGGUUUCAACCUUGCAAAGAGGGCAAUGAAUGAAUCCCCAGGCGUUAGAUGAAUGGCAUGAUAUACCCAUAGCAUAAAAGUUAUUUUAAGAAAUAAAAAGGGUAGGGGUCUAGGUAGUAUUAGACUCUCAGUUGUAUUUGAAUACAGCCCUUUUCCUGGUCCCCACAGUGCUCGCUGCGAUUGUUGUAUCGUGAACCGUGAUCGACCCACAGCCACGUUGGAGUA